AUGGACUCCUUCACCAACGACCAGUACCUCCUGCAGCACCUUAGGAGCCAGCGCUACUUCCUCGUCACCUGGUACGGGGAGAACCUAGCUGAGACGGACUUUUUGCAGUACCAGCUAGUUCGCUCCGAGUCCACUCUUGCUGAGCUCAGCGAGCAGCUCGAGGCACUCCGCGAGCGCUGCGAUAGCCAGGCCCUGAGGAUCGUUGAGCUGGAGCAUGCCCUCACCACCCGUGGUCGAUCGGUGGCACCGACUUUGGCCACGCUAGCAGCUUCCUCCACUACGACCCUGCGACCCAUUCCGGUGCCGGCAUCAGCUUUCGCACCACUUUGGGCCACAGGAUCUGCGUCGGCCUCCCUGUCGAUCGGUGCCACCGGCACCGUUGCCUCCGGCAGCCCCACGCUCCGCCCGGUGACUCCAGCAGAGGGAGCUGGGCUUUCCGCCACGUCGGGCACAACUAUGAUCUUUGCCACAGCACCAGCUCCAGUCUCUACCCCGACCCCAGCACUCCCCAGGAGCGGCACGGUGCUAGGAGCUGCACCACCACUGCCACUGCCGCUGCCCCUACCCCCUGCUCCAGUGUUCCCCAGGGUCAGCACGGUGCUUGGAGUUGCACCACCACCACCACUGCCAUCACCCCCGCCUUCGACUCAGCACGUUUCACCGACCGUGCCCGCUGCAGAGGCAUUCACCACGCUAGGCGGUGGCACACUUGGCUCAGGCACUCGGACUUCCGCCAUUGAGGUGGAGCCGAUGGUUGAGGAGGAGGAGGACCCCGAGGAGAGGGUCAUGGAGCUAGUCAAGCAGAUACCGCCACUGACUCAGCCACCUCCAGUCGAGCACUUUGGCGGUAGGGGGCGUAGGUGCAGCGGUGACCCGGAGCCCUCCGGGAAGCGCCGCCGCGGCCGCCCCCACCGCGACUCCACACCGGUUCUGAUCGGCAACCCCAACGCACCCACGACAGCCUACCGCAGCCGCAGUCGCUCCCCUUAG